AAUCCAAAAAGAAAAAUCAUAAAAGGUGUCGUGAUCCAGCUUCUAUUUUUAAGACUAUUCCAACGUUCGUUUCUCACACAAAGAGAAGAAGAAAAAGAGAAGAAAUUUUUAGAAGGAUUUUCUAAUUCUUUCACGUUGGCAUUAAAAUAUUAGUUAACGACUGACUUGUAGCCGACAAUUCCAAUCAAGAAAGAUGGCUCUGUCAAGUAUCAGACGGCACUUUCUGAUGCCAAUGCCAUGAAUAAAAAAGGAAGUUUACUUUCUCAUAAGGGGCCAAAACAUUAGCUGUUGUGGCAGGCGGGCACAAGAUGGAUGAGAAUGGGAUUGGAGAGUCUUUGUUGAGGAAGAACAAGUAUUAUGAGGACUGCCCAGGUUGCAAGAUUGAACUUUCCAAAGAAACCAACACUGGUGUUCCUUUUAAGUAUUUGCUCUAUGUCUGGAUUGUUGUCCUUUGUGCAGGUUAAGCAUCAUUCUAUGGCUAAGAUCUUUUCUUGUUCGUGUUGGUUUAUUUUUAAAUUUUGUUUCUUAUUUGUGCAAGUAGAGAUAGCUAUAUGUACUUGCCCAUUUCCGUUGGAUAACUGGCUCUCUCAAGAGGUAUUAUCAUAAUUGGCCCAUUCAAGUGGUAUUAUCAUAAUUUUCCCUCUCAAGUGGUAUUAUCCCACCUUGGACUCAUGGCCUUGUGGUGGGUUUUGUCUUAAAAAGACUCUUCGUGAGAGAGGUGGUAUCUGGAGAUUUCUUGAAUUGGUUUGCGUUGUCAAUUGUUCAAUUAGUUUCGUGUGAUUGUUCAAUGAAAUGGUUUGUUUUGAGACAUUGUUCAGGCAAAUGUUGUUGUUUACAAGGAAACAAGAUUUUUUAUAUUCUAGAAGGUCAGGGAUUUACACACAAUUUUGCUGCUAAUGAAGUUUACACAUCUUCAGAAUCCAUUCUUGCAGUAACGUGGCCUAAUAUAAUCAUGUGUCAAGAGUUGUAAUGAUUUGGUCCAUAAUCUAAUUAGGUGGUUAGGUCCAUGAUUAUUUAAGAAAGCUGACUGAAAAAGAGCAGUUUUCUUUAUAUAAAAAAUGUGUUUUCUCUGAAAAAGAAGGGAAAAAAAAAUCACCUCAACUCAAAACAACUGGAGUGUGUCAAGAUGGAUGGAAAUGGGAUUGGAGAGUCUUUCUUGAAGAAGAAGAAGAAGAAGUACUAUGAGGACUGCCCAGCUUUGCCUAUAUCAUCUCUCUUUCCUUUCCUCUAUUUCAUGAUAAGGGACUUCCAUAUUGCAAAAAGAGAGGAGGACAUUGGCUACUAUGCUGGUUAUGUGGGAUCUGCUUUUAUGUUUGGAAGAGCUUUAACUUCUGUGCUCUGGGGAAUGAUUGCUGAUCGAUAUGGUCGAAAACCAGUCAUAAUAUUUGGCACAGUAUCAGUGGUUAUUUUCAACACCCUUUUCGGCCUUAGCACAAGCUUUUGGAUGGCAAUUUCUACGAGGUUUCUUCUUGGAAGUCUGUGUGGCAUACUUGGUCCAAUGAGGGCAUAUGCUUCAGAAGUUUGCCGUAAAGAAUAUCAAGCUUUAGGAAUGUCAAUUAUCAGCACCUCGUGGGGCAUUGGAUUAGUUAUUGGUCCCGCACUUGGAGGUUUUCUUGCUCAGCCUGCAGAGAAAUUUCCAAAUAUAUUUUCUUCUGAUUCUCUUUUUGGGAGGUUUCCGUACCUGUUACCUUGCCUUCUGAUAUCAAUCUUUUCUGUCGGUGUAUUGGUUGUUUGUUGUUUGCUUCCGGAGACGAUACACAACCAUAAAGGAAAUGAUGAAGAGUGCAAUGAUUCUGAUGCACUUGGGGCCACCACAUUUGAGUCCAACUCUUCUCAGAAAAGCCUGCUGAAAAAUUGGCCCUUAAUAUCAUCUAUUAUCGUGUACUGUGUGUUCCAACUUCAUGACAUGGCAUAUGCAGAGAUUUUCUCAUUAUGGGCUGUUAGUCCUAGGAAGAAUGGGGGAUUGAGCUUUUCCACUGCAGAUGUCGGUGAAGUUCUUGCAUUUUCAGGCUUUGGACUGCUACUCUUUCAGCUAUUUAUAUACCCAGUGGCUGAGAGAAAUUUUGGACCGGUCAUGGUAUCUCGCCUAGGAGCAGUCUUGACCAUACCGUUGCUAUCUAGUUACCCUUUUAUAGCUCUGCUAAAAGGCCUCACCCUCAUGCUACUGAUCAACUGCGCAUCCAUCCUGAAGAAUGUGCUCUCUGUAUCAAUCACAACAGGAUUGUUCCUUCUGCAAAAUAGAUCAGUGGCACAACAACAAAGGGGUGCCGCAAAUGGAAUUUCAAUGUCUGCCAUGUCCCUUUUCAAAGCAAUUGGUCCUGCAGCUGGAGGUUCCCUCUUCUCUUGGGCACAAAAGCGUCAGAGUGCAUUUUUUCUCCCAGGUGAUCAAAUCGUCUUCUUCUUCCUUAACAUGAUCGAGGUGAUUGGACUGUUCUUGACAUUCAAACCAUUUCUAGCUCUUCCUGAUGACAACAUUUCUUAGUUCUGUUUCAAAAGUUGACAUCAACCAACAAAUAAAUAAAUAAAUAAAAACACUAGGAAACCGAUUCCAAAUUCUUUUUCCAUAGCUAACCCAAUCCUUCAACUUUGGCAUACGCUCAACUGUAUUACCCCAUGUUUCCCCAUGUAAUCAACCAGAAAACCACAGAAGAUUUGCUCUUCAUGACUAUAGCAAAUGAGUACCACUUGUCCUUGCUAAUGCAUAUUUUUCCUUGAGCAUGGAAGGAUCAAGGAUUAGUAACUUGCAUCUCCAGCAGUCUCUCCUUGUAUUGUAUACUUACCAGCUUACAGUAAUGUAAUAGUUUAAAACAAUUUUGCUGUGAUGACAACGUCUAAUACCUUCAUCUUUAUGUAGAUUACACACACGUUUCAUUUUCA